AAAUGGAAAAGGACCCAAAUUCUCAUUUUUAAAAAGAAUCAGAGUGCUUGUUAUUUUACACUUAGUGCCAAGCUAUCUAACAAUUCAUUCUUCCCACUCUUGUGCCAAAAAAGUUUGAGAGAGGAUAAGCCAAAUAGUUAUACUAGAUGCUCUUCUUCUUCUUUCUUUCUUUAUUUUUAAUUAAUUUAAUUUUUUUCAGUUUUAAAUUCUCCUUCACACAUGUCCAAAGCAAGAAUCGGAUGCAUCUGAUCCUCAUCCACUAGUCUGUAAUCUGAGAAUUUCGCUUCAAAAUUUCAUCACAUGCGACCAAAAACAGGAGAUAAACAGAUCCAUCCAUAAAACCCUUAUAAACCAAACCCUAUUUUUCUUCUUCUAGGCCUUCUCUUAUUCAGCUUAUUUUCCUAUAAAUUCAACAUUUCUUCUUCGAUCCCACACCUGAUUGAGAUAUCUUAUUCUCAAAUCUCCCAACCCUUUUGACAAACCCCUCUUCCAACAAUUCCUCCAUCUUCAACUUCCUGUGUAUCCUCUCCUCGCCAUAUAUUUUAUUCGAUUAUUGUAUUUUUUACAAGCAUAAAACGGUGGAUCGAAGGCAUGGAAAGCGCCCACUUCCAUCGGAAGCAUCAGAGGAUAAAGAGAAGCAACAGCUCCAGGAACAUCAUCGCUUUCCUUCUAAUGAAUCUUCUUGGUCAGAAACUGAUAUGUCAGCCAUGGCUUCUGCUGUAACUCAAGUGACUAGCACCGCCGAAGACCAGUCAAACAUGGUGCAGCCAAACACUUCAAAUGCUUGCUCAGAAUUGCCUCCUCAACCAGCUCAAGAUCAAGGAACUACAAGGAAGAGACAUUACAGAGGGGUAAGACAAAGACCUUGGGGCAAAUGGGCAGCUGAAAUUCGAGAUCCUAAAAAGGCAGCUCGAGUGUGGCUUGGCACAUUCGAGACUGCUGAGGAGGCAGCCAUGGCAUAUGAUAAAGCUGCCCUAAAAUUUAAAGGAACCAAGGCUAAACUUAAUUUCCCUGAAAGAGUUCAUGGAAUGCCUGAGUUUUUCCACUUAUUAACAACUGGAGAUUCUACUUCUUCAAACUCUACGCCCAUUAAUGAUCAAAAUGUAAGGCCACGGCCACCAUUGGUUAAUAACCCUCCUCCUCCUCCUCCGAUUCAGCAUGAAACUUAUCCUCACUUGCUUCAAUAUGCUCAAAUUCUUUCAAGUGAUGACGCUGGUUUUAAUUAUUACACUUCAAGUCUCUUUAGUCAAGAAGCUUUUUUUUCCCAUUCUUCUUCAGUCUCAUCUUCAUCCACCAGCUUAUCACACCAGCAGCAGCAAAACCAACAGGAGCUUAUGAGAUUUUCGUCAAACUUAAAAGAUUAUCAUGAUCAUGGGAAGGAUUUUGAUGACUCAAAUGGGUAGUACUUAUCUAUACGUCUAUUUAAUAAAAUCAUCUUCAUAUAUACAUUUAUUUUUUCCAUUUUUCUCUACCUGACUAUUACCGUCAUAGGUAGUUAUUAAAAUGAAUGUAUAUAUGAUAAGAUCUUAUUAAAAGACAUAUACAUAUAUAUUAAGCAAUUUUGGAAGCUUUUUUAGCUACUUCUGCCUUUUUGGUGCAUGCCUCGGUGAAAUAUAUUUGUAGUAAUUGGCCUAAGGAGUAUCUUCUAGUUUGUUUAACGGCAGGAGUAAACUCUAAAUGAGCAAGAGAUUUGAAGUGUCUUCUAUGUAUUUUCUUUUGCAAAAUUUAUUUUGCUUGUUAUCGUACGAACUAGUUAUGUGAUAUACAUGUGUGGUCUUAUCAGAAGUGGUCCUAGUCAAUUAUAUAGACUUUUGAACAAGACUAUUUUGUCUAUA